GUGACACGUAGCUUCCGUAUCGUGUUACUGAUCUCAGUCUCGCUGUUAGUCGUACUGCCCCUCAGCUUGCAGAGAAACAUGAUGUCAUCCAUCCAGUCGUUCUCAGCCAUGGCGCUGAUCUUCUACACACUCUUCAUGUUCACGGUGAGUCGUUCCCCUUUCCAGUGUUCCAAACUCUAACCCUGUAAAAUGUAAAAUCAGAUCCCAUCAGCACACCCUCAUCCAGGUGUAGACAGUUUACUUUAUAUAUGUAUAUAAUUCUGUAUAUGGCAUUGGUAUGAGGAUGUAAAGGAGUAAUUUGAUCUUUUAGCUAUUUGAAUAUUUAAUUAAAUUACAUAAAAAUGUGUUUUAUAAAGUGUAAGAGGGCACUUCAACAUGACUUUCAAACACUUCAAAUUACAGCUGCUCUCUGCAGGUUGCUUUAAGGACAUGUUUUUGAAAGACAUUUCAAUGAUGUAGUGUAUUAAGUAUGUGGAAUUCAUUUAUAGCUUUUAUAAAUGAAAUUGGCCAAUUUCUGUCUCUUUUGAGAAGUGUAAUGUGGCGAUUGGCUGAUUUUUGUGAAUACAAUGUGAAUAUGCAUCACCAUGGCAGCAGGACUUCAAUGUCUGUGGAUUUUUCGGAAGCUUAAAAGUGAAGCGUAAGCUUAAAUAACUAAAGAGAACCAUCACAGAACAGAGAACAUUAUAAAACUCUGUAUUUUGGGAAAGAUGUUGAAUGCGUUAGAGAUCAGUUUUUAAAUCAAAUUCAAUGAAUAUUCAAUGUACAUAUUUUUCAAGUUAUAUACAGUGGGGGAAAAAUAGCUGAGAUCAUAUUGAAAUUCUCUAAUUUAACCUGUAAGUUUUAGAAUUUUGAGAAAUGUAAAACAAAGAAGUGUAAAAUGAAUAAGACAUAGAUAUUUAAGAUUCUGCAUUAUUUCUAGGUCAGUAAUUAAAUGUGAUAUUGAUCAUGUGAACCUCUUUAUAAAGACAGUCAGGUGUUCGUUCUUCCAUUGAAGCAAAAAAAUGCUUGAAAUUCAGGUUUUACACAAGUUUUCACUUGGAUUAUGUUGAUAAUAUCAUUUAUAAUAAUAAAAUGACAAAAAACACAAUGUUCCCCACAACAUAGAAGCAUUUUUACUAAUGGUCCUGAUUUUUUGACCCAACUUUAUGUAAUCUAAAUAUUUUUUAACAUUGACAUUGCAAACAUGGAUGUUCCUAAAGUUUUUUAUUCAAUUGCAUCACAGUGUAAUUACCUUUACAGUUUAUAUACCUUUUAUCCAGCUCCACAGGGCGUUUUUUUUCCCCAACCCAAUUUCUUAGUCUAGCAUUUAACCAUCUAUGUGUCUUCCCUCUGCCCCCAUCUGAACCACUGCCCCGCCCCCAUUCCUGAUGCUGACUUCUGACUGACCAUCUGACGCUUUGAAUCGCCGGCCUAUAGAUAGUGUUGUCGUCUCUGCGUUAUGGAAUAAUCAGUGGCUCCUGGGUGGAGCAAGUACAUCUGUGGCGCUUCAAGGGUGUCAUACAGUGUCUGCCAAUUAUCGCCACCACCUUCUGCUGCCACCCAUGGUGCUCUCCUCCUUCAAACAUGGCCUCCUCACUGGCCAGUGGCUGAACAAGGUCAUUUACGUUCGGUGGGACGGCGUCUUUCGCUGCAUCCCUAUCUGUGGCAUGGCAUUUGCCUGUCAGUCGCAAGUAUUACCCACUUACGACAGCCUAGAUGAGCCCUCUGUGAAGAGAAUGAGCACAAUAUUCACUUCCUCCCUCAAUGUGGUCACCACCUUCUACAUCACAGUGGGGUUCUUUGGUUAUGUGAGCUUCACAGAUAACAUUGCUGGGAACGUACUGAUGAACUUUCCAUCUAACCUGGUAACGGAGAUGAUCCGUGUGGGCUUUAUGAUGUCUGUGGCUGUGGGCUUCCCCAUGAUGAUCCUGCCCUGCAGACAGGCCAUCAACACCAUGCUAUUCGAGCAGCAGCAAAAGGAUGGCACCUUCGCUGCAGGAGGGUAUAUGCCACCCCUUCGUUUCAAGAGCAUCACUCUUUGCAUUGUUUUUGGCACCAUGUUGGGCGGCAUCCUCAUUCCUAAUGUGGAGACCAUCCUGGGUCUGACUGGAGCCACCAUGGGCAGUCUGAUCUGCUUCAUCUGCCCAGCUCUCAUCUAUAAGAAGAUCAUGAAGAAUGCCUGGACUGCACAGCUGGUUCUGUGGGUCGGUCUCGGUAUCCUGCUCAUCAGUACCUUCACCACUCUGUCCAUUUCUUCCAACGAGCCGCAGAAAUUAAACCCUCCUCUGGAUGUCCCCGCAAAAACUGAGGACAAGCUUCCCAUCCUCAUCCCCCCUGAGAUGCCCAAAGACCCAGUGCAAGAGAAGGGAGUGGAUCCUGAUCCAGGAAAAAAGCCAGAUAGGCCCCCAAUAGAAAUUGAACAGCCAGCAGAGAAGGAAGCAGCAGAGCCCCCUCAAAUUAAAGUACCUGUGGAAGUGGCUGAGGGAAAGAAUAAGGAGGAGGAGGUUCAGCUGGAUCGCCCUGAAGCAGGUGUAGCAAUUCCAGAAGGGGAAGCCCACCGCCAUGAGCCGCCCAUCCCUCAUGACAGAGUUCAGAUAGAUGAGAUCAAAAACAAGGAGGAGCUAGAGGACGAAAAGAAACAACCUGUAGCUGUGGAGGAAGAAAAUAAACUGCCUGCCAGAGAGGAGGAGGAGCUUCUUGCUGAGCAGGGGGCGGGGCAAGCACAAGAGGUAGGAGAGGAAUCUGUAAAAGAGGAGUCAAAAGAAAAAGAUACGGUGAAAAGAGCUGUAAAUCAGGACCAGCUUGCAGCUAAUGAAGUGUUGGACAAGGCAGAAAAUCCAGAAGAUCUAAAGAAAGUUGAGCCCUUGGUGGUACAUAAAGAACCAGAAAACCUGCCUGAAGUAAAAGAAAAGCAUGAUGAGAAUGAACCGGUCAAAGAGAAGAUCCCAGAGGAGAUGGAGAAAGCCCCUGAACCCCAGGAUGAGAAACCGAAGGAGAAGCUUCUUGUGCAGGAGCACAAGGAAGAGAAGGUUCCAGAUGGAAAGGAUGGAGGAGCAGACAAGGAUGGAGAUGGGGACAAGAUGGAAGUGAUUAAAAAGAUUGUUGCAGAGGGUCAGUUGGACCAUGCUGUGCUGCUGCAGGUAAUUAAGGAGCAGCAAGAACAGCAGAAAAGGCUUUUGGACCAACAGGAAAAACUUCUAGCGGUGAUUGAGGAGCAACACAAGGAGAUGCACCAAAUUAAGGAGGGAGAAGAAGAACCAAAGGCAGUAGAACAGCAGAAAAGACAUGUGGACCAAGAGGAAAAACAUGAGGAGGUCCAUCAAGUAAAGGAAGGAGAAGCUGAACCAAAGGCAGCAGCAGGAGAGGGUGCAGGUGAGGUAGAGAAUGCUGUGCAGAGGCAGCUGGAAGGGAUGGAGGGGGCAAUGAAGUCUAAAGUUGCUGCUGUCGCUCCGGACCAAUUGCAACAGCCCCAGGGUGAGCCGGUUCAUGUAGCUGCAGAUGUUGCGGUGCCUGAGGAGCCAGCAGCAAAAGAGGCUCACGUUGCAGCCAGUCUUCCCCACAAUGCCCUUGAAUCAGUGGAAGAUGGAGGUGCUGAAGUUCUCAAAAAGAAGCUGGAGCUGAAAAACCAAGCAGGGCAUGGCGAAGCAAUAUCUGCAGAGGUUGACGCCCAAGGUGUUCCGCUGCACAAACAAGAACCAGAAAUAAAUCCCAACGCUCUAGCUGAGAAAGAGGAGAGAUUGAGACAGAAAUUGGUCCAACUGGAGGCAGAGAAGGAGCGCAUAGAGAAAGAAAAGUUGGAUAAGGAAAGGAUUGAGAAGGAAGUGCAGGCCCGUGUUGAGAAGGAGAGGAAGGAGCGGGAAAGACGAGAGGAACUGGCACGCGAGCAAGAGCUGGAACGCGUGCGGCAGCAAAAGGAACAGCUAGAGAAGGAAAGGCUUGAAGCAGAGAGGUUGAAACGGGAACAAGAGAAGAUAGAUAAAGAGAUCAUGGAGCGUGCUGAGGAGGAGAAAAGAUUGCUCGAGCACAAGGAGCGGCUAGACCAGCUGCAACAGGCCAUUGAUGCGCGGCGGCAAAAGGGAAUUCUUGAGGAUGACAGUUUAAAACAGGAACGAGAGAAGACGGAUAAAGAGAUCAUGGAACGUGCUGAGAAGGAGAAAAGAAUACUUGAGCAGAAGGAACGGCUAGACCAACUACAGCAGGUCAUUGACGCGAAGAAGGAUCGAGCAGAACUCAAUCCAGUGCCUAAGCAAAAAGGAGGCAGGGACUUGAAGGAGAAUAUAGUCCCACUAGAAGAGGAGAAGAAAGAGGAAAAGAGGAGCAGAGAGGAUGGAGGGGUGGACCUUAAGAGGAGGCGCAGAUCUGUGGACCCUGAGGGUGGAGGAGGUGCUGACCUGGAUCUUCUGCGGGACGUAGGUUUAGACUUAAACGCUGACCUAAAGGGGCAGCUGCUGGCAGGGUCUCUGGUUCACACACGCCAGCUUAAACAGACGUUUCAAAGGCAGGAGAAUGAAGAGUUAGAGUAGGUUGCUCCUACCUUUGGAACCACACGGUACUCUUAAAUGGACGUGCAGAAAUGCACGCUUUAAAAACGUACGUAAGUGAUCUGGCUGUGAGAAGAAUCUCUUUCCUCAUUUUAAAAGUAGACAGAACAUUCCUUUUGGGUUCAUGAUGACAGUGGGCACUUUGAUUUGAUCCUUUAGUUGUCCACCGGGAGCACUGAAUCCACAGUCCCUUAUGAGCUUCCAUUAUUGUUUUGUGUGAGAUUUUGCUGAAUCUUGUGCAAUAAACAGAAUGUCUGGUGUAAUAAACUGAGCGGGCAUCGCAUUAAAAAUGGGCCUUGAUGGGCACAGGGGGCUUUUCAGAAUAUUGUGUUUUGGACUAUCGCAUAGGAAAAUGGCACAAGUGUACCCCCUUGUGGCUGCUAUGGUAAAUUAUAUGCUAAGGUGUAAAAUGAAAUGUAGUUAUUGCAUGAAGUUUUACCUUCUGUGAAUGGAAAUAGAAGCCAGAAACUUCUGUCGGCUUUACAAUUAAUAUGAGGUGAGUUUUUAAAAAAUAAUUUAUCUUUGUAGGACCUGAUUUUUUUUUUUUUUUUUUCUCUGGGAACUAUUGGACCAUUUACUGUGCCUUAGUGUUUUCAUUCUGUUUUUCUGUAUAAUGAACAUGGAGUGUUAAUGUUACCUUUGCCAACAUGUUCAGUGGUCAGUCUGAUUGGGAAAAAUAAGGUUCUUAUCUGAGACUAUAGUCACUGACAUCUUUGUUUUUCCAGUGUACUUUGUUAAGUUGUAUUAAAGCCUUGGGAGUCCAGGCAGAGACUUUCCUUAAUGGUUUUCAGAAAAAUCCUGAAAAUUGAGAAUUGUCUUUCAUAUUCAUCCAAAGUCCUUUAUGAAAGCAUCUUUUUUUUUCUUUUUUUUUUUCUUUUUUUCUAAUUUCUUUCUUUUUUUUAAUGCAAUCAAAUGUAUGCCUUUUAAAGGAGUGUCUUUCAAUGUGGGUCUGCAGUAUCAGAUUUUCCUUCCAAAGAGUUAACUUAUGAUAAUUAAUAGUUAGUAUAUUUAAAAGUUGACUUUAUAGUUAACUAAUAGUAAAUCAAACCAGCUGUAAGUGAAUGAAGUAUGAGAAUCGUUGAUGAUCCGACUGAUGCAAAAUGUCUGAUCUGUAGCUAAUAUAAUUGUGCAUAUUGUUUUUCUCUUCUAGUUUGUUUCAGUAUGUUUAGCAUGUCUGUGACUCUCUUUUAUCACUUUAUGAAAGUACUCAACUCUCAUCUUUUGAGGUUGGUCUGAAAUUGGACCAUAUAGAUUCCUAAAUUAAGUGCUGAACAUAACAUGACCAUUUCCCACAUUCAAUUCUUUGUUUUCACUGUGCAGUGGAUUUCUUUUCAGGGUUGCAUUGAUUUGUUGUUCUACAUUCCAUAUAUUUGCCUGUGAAGAUGUGAUUCUGGUCAGUGCCUCAUGGGUUUAUGGUCUGCAGCAAUGUGUAUGUGAAGUCUGUUACACCCACACUGUGUGUGGAUUGCGCCUUUUUCCCCCCUAACUACAUUUUUAUAUACCUUUCUGGUUAAACCAGUCAUGGUAAUUGACUAUUCUUUUGAUAAAUUUCCUGGUCUCGCUUCUGGGGAUCUUAUAUUUCAAAAGAACAAAUAUAUAUAUAUAUAUAUAUAUAUAUAGAGAGAGAGAGAGAGAGAGAUAGAUGGUUUAAAGUCAUAAGAGAUUAAUGGAAUGCUGCCUUCUCAGUAACAUUGCUUAACUUAUCCAUGUACAGGUGUUUAAAAGUUACCAGAUGAUGUGGAGACCUCUAAAAAAGCUUGUUACAUGUUAGAAGUUGAUAACUGUUUGGCCUAAACCAUUUACUUUGUUCUUUUAUUGGGUUAAAUUAAUAAAACGAUUUAUGUGUAACAGCA